CUCAAAAAGCUAUUUUUGAAAAUAUAUAUAAUCAAAAGGUAAGGGAAAAAAAAAAGGAUGUUCAAGAGGAAAUUGAAAUUGAAAUUGACCUUUUUCCCUGUCUUAUCAGCCCCUGGAAUGUCAACCACAUUCCGGUUACUUUCAUCUCUCCUGCACAGCUCAGCAGCUCCUAUAUAUUUUCGGAAAUGCAGCGAUCAGUUUUCCAUCCUUAAAGAAUCUCACUCGCAACCCCAAGAGUCCAGACCCAGAGGAAGAGCAAAGGAAUCAUUGCAGGAUCAACCCACCACAACACCAUCAUCUUCAUCACCUAUAUUUUUAGCCAUGGCGGAUGAUCAGUUCAAUUCAAGCACUGGUUUGUGGGAUUCCUCUUCCAGGAACCGCUUCGAUGCUGGAUCGUCUUCUUCCUCUUCUGGGCUCAAUAUGGUGGGGAGCUUUGGGUGGCCGGUGGAGAUGGUGGAUAUGAAAUCAAGACCUUCUAUGGAUUACGGGUCGGUUUCUGGGAGUUCGGGUUUUCAUGAUACCCUGAAACUCCAAGCUGGUGGAUCUGAUCCCAUCGCUACUGAUUUUCAGGUGAUGGGUUUGGGGCUCUCUUCACAAACCUUGGACUGGAACCAAGCGGCCUUGCUUCGCGGGGAUAAAUCGGCAAGUGGGUUCCCGUCGAUGAUCCAAGAAACUGGCGGUGGUGGUAUGGGAUCUUCGUCGCAAGUUCAGUGGAGAACAGAGAAAAUGUUUUCUGGGGUGGCAUCGGAUUCUCCCGUGAACGAGUUCAAGCAAAUCAAUCGAGGGUUCUCUCUCGAUCAAUCCUUUGGAAGCUCAAGCGACAGCACUUCUAGUUUCCAGAUGGAUUCGUCGGCGUUGUACGGCAGCCCGUCGACUAUUCUCCAAGGACUUCUGGGAUCGGAAAAUCAGGCGCAGCAAUCUACGUUCGAAACCCGUUCGAUGAAUUUCCAAUAUGGAACAGGGUAUUCCAUGAACACUAAUGAGUUCCUUCCAUCUUGGUCUAAAGUCCCUCAGUUCCUAAGAACUUCGCCUCCCAAACAGUCUCAUCACAGCCAGUUGCACUUCUCCAACAAUGCUCCUUUCUGGAACCCGUCAGCAACCUCCAUGAACGACGCUCGGCCCGGCUUCUUCCCGACCCAAUUUACCGCCCCGAAUUUUGAAGAGAAACCCAAGAAUAUAUCCGAAGUUCGGGACACAUCAAGCACUACUACGAAGAAAAGUGGCAACGAACUUGCAACCAAAAGGACUCGAAGCGAAGCGGGUCCAUCACCUUUGCCAGCUUUUAAGGUGAGGAAGGAGAAGAUGGGGGACAGAAUCACUGCACUCCAACAAUUGGUUUCACCUUUCGGAAAAACUGAUACAGCCUCGGUGCUCUCUGAAGCGAUUGAUUACAUUAAGUUUCUCCAUGACCAGGUCAAUGUUUUAAGUACUCCAUACAUGAAAAGUGGGGCUUCCAUGCUGCAGCAUCAACAGCCUUCUGAUAAGUCUAAGGAUCCUGAAGGACCAAAGCAAGAUCUUAGAAGCAGAGGGCUGUGUCUGGUACCGGUAUCGAGCACGUUUCCCGUGACACAUGAGACAAGUGUUGAUUUUUGGACCACCACAUUUGGAGGAACAUUCAGGUAGAAGGGAAAGGGAAAUGGGAUUGACUGAAAUGAAAUCAUGACAUCAAGAAUUGAUUCUACCAGCAACUGGCAAAGUGUGAAUGUGUGUAUCCUAUCAAAAACCCUCCCCGGCCAUGCCAAGUUGGGGAUGAUAUGAGGAAGAGGUGGGAAAAGAACAAGAAACAAGGAAGGCCACAUAUUGUUUUGUCCAGGAUGGAAAAGAGAAGAGAAUUUGAAGCGGAAAGAAAAGGAAAUGACCUCCUUCAAAGAAGAAGAAGCUAUUGUUGGGGCCAGCAACAGGCAAAUGAUGCUGGUUUUGGGCAAAUAUUUGGGACCACUAAGGAAGCAUGUUAAUUAUUUGUAAUAAUUGAAGAAUUAUGAUUAGGGUUUGGUAAAGUUUCUGAUUUUAGGGAAAACUUUUCAAGAUUAGUUUUUAGGGGAACAUGUGUUAUAAGUGAAGUUAACACAAGAAAGAAAGAAAGAUGAUAGAAGGAGCUUUUGUAUUCUCUAUUGCCAAAUUGUGAAUAGAAGUGGCAACUUGCUUUAGUUUGUGAGGAAAGGAAAGAAGAAAGAUGAAAGAAACUUGAAGGAAUAAUUGAAGCAUUUGAAU